AAUUGCCGAUUGUCUUUGUGGCUUAUCUUGAAUUCUGCUUUACGUUUGUGGAAGAUGGCUGUGUGAAACAUUUCAGCUAUGCUCCUCUACACAUAGCCCUAAGGAGUACCCCAUAUAGAGAUGAAAAAAUAGAAAAGAGAAGAACUUCAACUCCUGUAAGUGCAUUAAAUAGUCACCGACAUUCUGUUAGAGAACAAACCAAGAACCACAUAGCGAGAUCACUGCGGAAGCCUCAAGAAAAAGAAAGAGUUGAAAAUGCUGUUAAAGACCAUGAGAAGAACAAAGGAAGAAGAUCCAAAGACUAUGGAAGGUCCAAGUCAAAGAAAAAGAAAAAAAAGAAAAAGAGGACUAAGCCUGAAUACUCUGGCAGUGAAGAAAACACAGAUAUUUCACAGGAGCUUUCUCCUGAAAAAUCAGUUGUCACAAAAUGUAUUUCAAAUAAAUCAUGUGCCCACCCAAGCACGCUGCUACACUGCUCUGAUUCUGGACAGCACAGAGGAAAAUCAAAAACCAAUGAGGAUGACACCCUGAGUGAGUCAUCUAUGGAUAGCUUGCUUUGGAGUGAUGAUGACUGCAGUCAGGAUGUUGAUGUAACCACAAACCCUGAUGAAGAAGUUGAAGAAAGUGAUUUUGAGAUUGUUCGGUGUAUUUGUGAAGUAAAAGAAGAAAAUGACUUCAUGAUUCAGUGUGAAGAGUGUCUGUGCUGGCAGCAUGGAGUCUGUAUGGGUUUACUGGAAGAUAAUGUACCUGAGAAAUAUACCUGCUAUAUUUGCCAAGAUCCUCCAGGUCAGAGGUCCAGCUUAAAGUACUGGUAUGAGAAGGAGUGGUUAAGUAAUGGUCACAUGCAUGGCUUAGCAUUUUUGGAAGAAAAUUAUUCCCACCAGAAUGCCAAGAAGAUAGUAGCCACUCACCAGCUUCUUGGCGAUGUACAGAGAGUGAUAGAAGUACUGCAUGGACUGCAGCUGAAGAUGAGCAUAUUACAAAAUAAAGAACAUCCUGACCUGAAGCUUUGGUGCCACCCGUGGAAGCAUAUUACAGUGGAUGAAAAAAUUCAUACGAAACACAUCAUUCACAUAGAGGAAAACUGUUGUAAAGAAGAGACGGCAAGUUAUAGAACUUGGAAUGGGACAGUUGAGAAACCCUCAACCGUUCCUUCUGUGGAGGAAUCUUACAUUACGAGUGAACACUGUUACCAGAAGCCUCGGGCCUACUAUCCUGCGAUAGAGCAGAGGUUGGUUGUGGAAACAAGAGGUUCAGCCAUGGAUGAUGGAGUAAAUAGAAUAAGGGAAAACGGGGAUGAUGCUCUGUCAGAGAGAUUUGGCUGGAAUCUGGACCAAGAAAUAUGCAAGAUGGAAAAUGAAUCCAAACACAACUAUUCUAAGCUCUGUCAGGUCUGUCAGAGGCCUGCCUUUCUACAUCCCAAUGCAGAAAUUUGUGCCAAGUCCUAUUGGUCGCUGAGGUCAGCCUUUGGAGUCAGACUGUCCCCAGGGCAGCGUGGCAGAACUCGGCGCACAGGGUCUUUUUUCUUGAAAUUGGGAGACAAGUGGCCAGCGGGGAUUGAUCCCCUCAUGGAGCUGGCAGCUCUUGCCAGGGAGGCGGAGCUGCAGCGGGCUGUUUAA